AUUUAUGUUCAAAACCCUUAAAAAACUUAACCCGGCCCUAAACCCUAGAUAAAAUAGCAGUUCUGUCGGAUGUAAUAACAAAAACCGCCACAGAAAUGAUGAAGCAGAGCUCGUCGGAGGCAAUGUUGUCUUCAUCAGCCGUGGACAAAUCUCAUUACUCCAUUUCAUGGGAGAAGCCUCUCUCAUCGUCGAGAGAUGGAAGCGGAGGAGCCCAAGAGAUCAUGGCCGUCGAUAGGCCAGGAGAAUACACAGCCAAGUGUCGAUGGACGGUCGAGAGCUUCCCAUGUCUCAAAGCUAAGGCACUGUGGAGCAAGUACUUCGAUGUAGGAGGCUACGAUUGUCGUCUCUUGGUUUACCCUAGAGGUGACUCACAAGCCCUUCCUGGCUACAUCAGCAUCUACCUUCAGAUCAUUGACCCUCGAGGAACCACUUCAUCUCUAUGGGACUGUUUCGCUAGCUACCGACUCUCUAUCGUCAACCAUGUCGAUGAUUCACUCACAAUCCAUAAGGAGUCUUGGCAUAGAUUCUCUAGUAAGAAGAGAUCUCAUGGAUGGUGUGAUUUCACUUUAAACUCGAGUAUUUUGGAUUCUAAGAUUGGUUUUUUGUUUAACAAUGAUUCCUUGCUUAUCACGGCUGAUAUCUUGAUUCUCAAUGAGUCUGUGAGUUUUAGUAUUGAUAAUAACAAUGAGUUAAAUUCCGUAGCUGGACCAAUGCCUGAUGUGUUGAGUGGGAAUUUCACUUGGAGGGUAAAUAAUUUUAGCUUGUUUAAGGAGAUGAUGAAGUCACAGAAGAUAACAAGCCCUGUUUUCGUAGCGGGGGAGUGUUAUUUGAGGAUCGGUGUGUAUCAAAGUGUGGUUAAUGAGCAAGAGUACCUAUCCAUGUGUUUGGACAGUAGUGAUACCGAAAAGACUGUUUUAUCGGACAAGAGCAGUUGGUGUUUGUUUAGCAUGUCAGCUUUGAAUCAGAAGCCUGGGUGCACUCACAUGAAUAAAGAGUCUUAUGGGAGGUUUGCUGCUGAUAAUAGGAGCGGGGAUAAUACGAGUGUGGGCUGGAACGAUUACAUGAAGAUGUCUGACUUUGUGAACCCGGAAGCCGGGUUUUUAGUCGAUGACACGGCUGUCUUUAGCACCUCAUUUCAUCUUAUUAAAGAGCUCAGUAGCUUUACUAGGACUGGUGGGUUAAUUGGGGGAAGGAAUGGGACUAGAUAUGGACAAAUGGGAAAAUUCACUUGGACAAUUAAAAAUUUCAGAAGGUUAGUGAAUCUUCUGGAGAAAAGGAAGAUAACCGGUCUUUACAUCAAAAGUAAGAGGUUUCAAAUUGGUAACCGGGAUUGUCGACUUAUUGUUUACCCCCGAGGGCAGUCCAAGGCACCAUGCCUUCAUCUUUCAGUAUUUCUUGAAGUGACAGAUUCACGAAGCGCUAGUAGCGAUUGGAGUUGUUUUGUUAGCCACCAACUAUCAGUUGUUAACCAGAGAUCAGAUGAGAUGUCAGCGACAAAGGAAUCUCAGAACCGAUACUCAAAAGCCGAAAAGGAUUGGGGUUGGCGUGAAUUCGUAACACUUACUAGUUUGUUUGAUCAAGACUCUGGAUUUCUUGUUCAAGACUCUGUUGUUUUCUCGGCUGAGGUUCUUAUUUUGAAAGAAACGUCUCUAACAAAAGACUACACGGAGGCAGACUCUACUAAUCCAGUUUCACAAAUUGAUAACACCAUGAAAAGUUCAUUUACUUGGAAAGUGGAGAAUUUCUUGGCCUUCAAGGAAAUAAUCGAAAAACGAAAGAUUUUUAGCAAAUUCUUUCAGGCUGGUGGAUGUGAACUUCGGAUUGGUGUAUACGAGGUGUUUGAUACUAUAUGCAUAUAUUUAGAGAGUGAUCAAUCUGCAGGUACCGAUGCGGACAAUAAUUUCUGGGUUAAGUACAAGAUGGGUAUUCUCAACCAAAAGAAUCCGGCCAAAAGUGUGUGGAAGGAGUCAUCUAUAUGUACCAAGACAUGGAAUAAUUCUGUUCUACAGUUUAUGAAGGUGUCUGACAUGUUGGAGGCUGAUGCUGGGUUUCUUGUACAUGACACUGUCGUGUUUGUGUGUCAGAUAUUGGAUUGUUGUCCUUGGUUUGAGUUUUCAGACCUAAUGGUCUUGGCUUCAGAUGAUGACCAAGCUGAUGCCUUAACCACCAACCCUAGUGAAAUUAUUGGUUCUGAAGAAAGUGAGGAAGACACAUUCCAAUAUUUUCUUUCGCGAGCUGGAAUCAAUCUCGCGCUUGGGGAAAAUCCGUCACAACUACAAGUUACUCUCCAGGAGAAGUUUCUAAUGGAUGCGGGUGCAAUUUCUGGUUUUCUUACUGAGUUGCGUGUUUAUCUUGAUGAUCCUACUAGAGUAAAGCGUUUACUUCUUCCGACAAAGAGUGAUGAAUAUUCACCCAGCUUGAUGAAUUUUCUGAUGGGUGUUAAAGUUCUACAGCAAGGAAUUAUUGAUUUACUUCUUGAUAAAAUGGUUGAGUAUUGCCAACCUUUGAAGAAAGGCUCUCAUUCUGAUGGCUGUGUGGCUGCAACUUCAUCGGUGUCAAAGUCUGAGGAGGUAUUGGGACUGAUUGUUAACUCACUAAAAACAAUCGAUGCGGUUGUUCCACAAGGUUGUUCUGAGUUUAGGCGACGACCAUACUCUGCUACAAAAAUUGCUCUUGUUUUAGACAGAGCACCCAAACAUUUGCUACAAGAUUUAGUUAGUCUGGUUCCUAUAUUGGUUGAGCAUUCAGAGCAUUCACUGGCUGCUUAUGCACUUAUUCAACGGCUUCUAAAGCCCGAAGCUGAAAUAUCUUUACGUGAAGCAGUAUACAAUGCUCUUAGCCAGUUAGAAUGUGAUAGUGAAGUGUGGGAGCACAUUCUACUUCAGUCAUAUGAGUUUCUAAGUGAUUCAUAUGAGGAGUCUCUUGUUGCGACCAUUCAUUUCAUACUUAAAAUUGCUUCCCAGUGCCAACAAUUACCCGAAGCCGUCAGGUCAGUCCGUGAGAGGCUUAAAAGUCUAGGUGCUGAUAUUGCCGAAAUGAUACGUAGGGACAUCAACAGUGACUUCUUGCUGAGUGUUAUCAUUGAUGUUGCCGGAGAGGAAGCUUAUCUAUCAUCUCCAGCCGAGAUUGUUCGACCAGUGUACCCAUCUUCUAAGCCAGCAAAAGAUUGGGACAAGCUGGAAGCUGAAGUGAAGAAUAAACAGGAGAAGGAUGAGAAGCUUGAUGGAGAUGCGGCUAUCAACAAAUUUUUCAGCGAUAUAUACUCAAGUGCAGAUGAGGACAUGAGGCGAGCUAUGAACAAAUCAUUUGCUCAAUCAAACGGGACGGUACUGUCGACAAAUUGGAAAGAAGUUGGGACUAAGAAAGUGGAGAGCACAAUGGAUAUGGAACUCAAGAAGUGGGAAUACUGAUCUUCUUAAAAUCCUCUUUUCUGGUUUUUGUCAAAAAUAUGACAAAUCUUUUGAACUUUUUAUGUUUCUUUUGUUUUUUGCUUGCAUUUGUCUCUCCAUUCUUGCGUUGUGGUCUUAAAGAACGUUCUGAUACUUUGAUUUUGUAUUAGAAAACUAAAAUCACAAGUCUGUUGUUUUUGCACUUUCUUCUUUUUCAAAUCAAGUCUUUUAAGUCGU